AUGUUAUGGGCUGUGCUGCUCACUGUCUCUGUAAUUGCCUCUGCUCAUGCUGAGCUCUGCAAGCCAGAUGCACAGAAUGCAUUCAAGGUGCGGCUCAGCAUCAAGACAGCGUUGGGAGAGAAUGCAUAUGCCUGGGAUGCCCACGAGGAGUACCUCUUCCGAGCCAUGGUGGCGUUUGCCAUGAGAAGAUACUCCAGCAAGAGCACGACUCAGAUCUCCAACGUGCUGCUGUGCAACGUGACAGGCCGAGUGUCCUUCUGGUUCGUGGUCACAGAGCCCUCCCAGAACCUCACCACUGUCCCUGGCAGGGAGGUGGAGGCAGCCAUCAGGCUGACCCGGCACAGGAUCAACAGUGCCUUCCUGCUGAGUGACAAAACGCUGCAGUUCCUCAAGAUAACUUCAACCCUCUCACCUCCCGUGGAGCCCUCCACGCCAGUCUGGCUCAUCGUGUUUGGGGUUGUCCUCUGUCUGGUCGUGGCUGGAAUUGUCUUCCUCAUCGUGGGAGGGAUUCGGCAGCGCAAGAGCAGGACGCAGCAGCCCGGGCGGGCGGAGGCGGAGGAGAAGGCUGGCACGGCAGCGGCGCUGGAGAACGGCAUCGCCUGCGAGGCGCUGGGGGGCAAGGGGCACCUCAACGGGGGCUUUGCCGGCGACGAGGAGCGCUUCACGCCCUUGUGAGGUGCUGCCCCGCUGCCUUCUGGCUGCCUGAAGGACUCCUGUGCCCACCUUACCCUGUCUCUGGCUGUUUGGAGGACUCCUGUGCCCACCUUACCCUGUCUGUGCCUGCUUGGAGGACUCCUGUGCCUACCUUACCCUGUCUGUGCCUGCUUGGAGGACUCCUGUGCCUACCUUACCCUGUCUGUGGCUGCUUGGAGGACUCCUGUGCCCACCUUACCCUGUCUGUGCCUGCUUGGAGGACUCCUGUGCCCACCUUACCCUGUCUGUGGCUGCUUGGAGGACUCCUGUGCCCACCUUACCCUGUCUGUGGCUGCUUGGAGGACUCCUGUGCCCACCUUACCCUGUCUGUGCCUGCUUGGAGGACUCCUGUGCCCACCUUACCCUGUCUGUGGCUGCUUGGAGGACUCCUGUGCCUACCUUACCCUGCCACUGCUCCUGACUGCCAAACCUGAAGGCAAGAAGAAUGUCCUUGCACUCAUGUGCCCCAGGGGAGCCUUCUGCUGGUGGCACCCCCAGACCUCCAGGGCACUGCUUCUGUCGAGGAGCAAAGCACAAGAGAAGACCUCAGCUGGCACCCAUUAAAAAAUCCCUGAGGAGGUGUGGCAGAACAAGGGCUGGAGCCUGCCCUGUGACAGGCAGUUAGUUUGUAGUGAUCAUUUAA